AUGUCCACACCCGAUCUUUCUGUUCAGUCGCUGUUCAAUGUGAAGGGCAAGAUCGCCCUCGUCACAGGCGGCGGUACUGGUAUUGGAAAGACCAUUGCCUCGGCACUCGUACAGAAUGGUGCAAAGGUCUAUAUUGCUGCUAGGAAGGAAUCCCAAUUGAAGGAGGCAGUGGCUGAGCUUAAUGCAAAAGGCCCUGGUUCCGCAGACUACAUCGUAGCAAACCUCAGCUCGAAAGCUGGUACAGACGCUCUGAUAUCCGCUCUCGAGGCCCGAGAGCCUGCGAAGAGAUUACACAUCCUUGUGAAUAAUUCAGGCGUCUCGUGGGGAGCGUCCUUCGAAAACUUUCCAGAAGACAAGGGGUGGGAUCAUGUCAUGGCUGUGAACGUCAAGAGCUUGUUUUACUUGACAUCCGGGUUGUCAACAUGGCUUGCAAAGGAUGCGAGCGCACUUGAUCCUGGCCGCGUGGUUAAUAUUUCGUCAACUGCGAGUGUGACACCUCAUUCAGAAGGCCUGGUUAGCGCAGAUGGAAAUGGGACAUGGAGUUACAAUGUCAGUAAGGCCGCAGUGAAUCAUCUGACAUCAAUACUGGCCGUCAAGUUGGGACCACAGAAAAUCACUGUUAACGCGAUCUGCCCUGGGAUAUUUCCCACAAAGAUGACGGCCUUCGGAUUCAAGAACGCAGGCGACAAAAAAAUCUUAUCUCAACAACCAAUGGGUCGUGUUGGCCGCCCUUCGGACCUCGCUGGUCUCGCGCUCUUCCUUACGUCCCCCGCCAGUGCGCAUGUCACAGGCGCACAUAUUCUUUUGGACGGUGGUGCAACAUUAUCAAGUCAAGGGAUUGCACCGCAGGUUAAACUAUGA